AUGGCUCCUCUAUCGCCAGCAUCAGCCGCGGCUCUUGAAAGACUCAGACAGUACAAGCCGCCGGAAACGGUAUGGCCUGCAAUGCCAUUGUCGCGCAAAGCUGCAGUCCUGAUCCUUCUUUUUGCCGACCCCUCGGGUGAGCUGAGGGUUGUCAUUACCAUGCGAGCGAGUACCCUGAGUUCAUACUCUGGACAUGCAGCACUACCAGGAGGGAAGGCAGAAGCAGGAGAAUCAGCAUUUGAAGCGGCUAGACGGGAAACAUCCGAAGAGAUUGGUCUUCCCAGACGCGAGAGUGCACUACCUCCUCCCUUUAGAGUCGAACACCUUUGCGAAAUGCCCACAAACCUGGCCAAAACAGAACUUGUUGUCCGUCCUUGCGUCGCAUUUCUUCACUCUUAUGAUCCCGAGACAGGGCUUGACGCGAGCGUCGCAGAGAGACUCCUCCCGAGGCUAGACGCUCGAGAAGUAGCCGCCGUCUUCUCUGCUCCAUUCCGAAACUUCUUGUACCAUCAAGAUCUACCUAAUCAGGAGAACCUUCCUGGUGAUCCAAGUGAUUGGUAUAAAGGCGCUUGGACCGACUGGCAUCAGAAUCAAUGGCGUAUGCACAAUUUCUUUGUCCCAGUAACAAAUCAAAUCGUCUCGAAACCGAAAAGGAACAAGGGACAAAAGGCUACCGCCGACCACCUGGAUAAAUUAUCCAGGUACCGAGUGUUCGGUAUGACUGCGAGGAUCUUGGUCGAUGCUGCACGUGUCGCCUACCACCAAGAGCCCACGUUCGAGCACAACAGUCAUUUUGGCGAUGAGGAUAUGAUAAACCGUCUACGCAGAGUUGGACGAUUAGGAGACAUAAGACGACCAACCGAUGAGCUUACCAAAGAAGACCUGGUCAAAGCUGCAAAUUUAUGA